AUGCAACUCCAAGGUAUCUUUGUUCAACUCGGAGCUAUCAUGCUCCUGGCUCUCAGCGCCACUGCUGCUCCCGGCUCCAAGCGCAACAACGGUGGCCGUCAGCCCAACGUCAUCCAGCUCAUCUCGGACGGCUUCGGUCCGACCUCCGAGACCUACGCUCGCGAGUACAUGCAGAGCGCUAAGGGUCUCGCCUGGAACGUCACCUUGCCCCUCGACAAGCUUCUCGUCGGUGAGGUCCGCACCCGUUCGACCGACUCGCUCGUCACCGACUCGGCUGCCUCUGCGACCGCCUACUCGUGCGGCCUCAAGAGUGUCAACGCCUACAUCGGUGUCGACACGGACAAGAAGCCUUGCGGUACCGUCCUCGAGGGCGCCAAGGCCAAGGGCUACAACACUGCGCUCGUCACCACCUCGCGCAUCACCCACGCUACUCCUGCCUCGUACUCGGCCCACGUCGACGACCGUGAUGCUGAGGACGAGAUCGCCAGCCAGCAGAUCGGCCGCUACGUGCUCGGUCGCCAGGUCGACAUGCUCUGGGGUGGUGGAAAGCGCCACUUCCUGCCCAACACCACUUCGCCUGGUAUCCGAACCGACGGCCGCAACCUGAUCCAGGAGGCCAAGGAGAACUGCGGCUUCAACAUUGUCAACAACCGCACCGACUUUGACGCUCUCCAGGGUGGUUACGCUCUCAAGCUUCCCUCGCUCGGUCUGUUUGCCUCUUCGCACAUGGCCUACGAGAUUGACCGCAACGCCACCGAGCAGCCCUCGCUCAAGGAGAUGGCCCUGACCGCGCUCAACGGUCUCCGCCAGCAGAACACGCCCUACUUCAUCAUGAUUGAGGGUGCUCGUAUCGACCACGCUGCGCACAACAACGACCCCGUCGGCCACAUUCACGACAUUCUGCAGUACAACGAGAUGGUCCAGGCUGUCGUCGACUGGGUUGACGAGAACGCUGCCAACAACGAGGAUGAGCCCGAGACUGUCGUCUUCUCGGUUGCCGACCACGAGUGCGGUGGUCUCACCCUGGGUCUGCAGCGUGCCGAGGACGAGGAGGCCUACUACGGCUGGUACCCUGAUGUGGUGAUGAACGCUACGCGCUCGACCGAGUUCCUGGCUGGCGCCACUGCCAAGUGGUACGCCGCUGCCAACCGCACCGAUGCCGACCUGAGCGCCUACAUCAAGAACGAGGUGGUCACCAAGGGUCUCGGCAUCCAGGAUGUUCAGGAUGGCGAGAUCUCGCGUGCCGUCGACCUGGCCAAGCUCAAAAACCAGAUCCCCUACACCGUUUGGCUUUCGUCGAUUGUCAGCUGGCGUGCGCACCUAGGCUGGGCGACGACCGGCCACACGGGUGUCUCUGUGGGUCUGUACUACCACGAGGCUAAGCCCAAGGACGUGUGGAGCGACAAGUACAAGGCGUACCAGAAGCGUCGCUCGUCGGUCAUCGGCUCGCACGAGAACACAUGGAUCGGAGAGUGGAUCGCCGAGUACCUCAACCUCGACCUGGCCUCGAUCACCAAGACGCUCAACAACGGCUCGGACUACAGCUGGUACAGCAACUGGGGCGACAAGCUGAGCACGUUCACCGAUAACCUGGAGCACUACCACGGCGGUCUCAGCCGUGUGAUCCCUGCGCGAUCGGCUGCCGAGAAGCGUGACCUGCACAUUGACAACCACGCCGAGAACGAGCCUCUGCUCAGGAGGAUCCACGGCCCCCGUGGCGGUGCCACGCUCGAGGAGAGGAGCCACUCGAACGCUCGUCGCCAGGAGCUCUAA